AUGUCGGGAGAACAGCAGAGAGAGAGAGGUGAGGAAAGUCAAAAGCGUUGGCAAGCAUGGAUGCAUUUAUAGUAGAUCAGAUAAUGUACAUCAGUUUUCAUGUGCACCAAAAGGACGCAGGCAGCACUUCCGCAUUCCCAUCUGUCAACAAGUGGAGCGAAUUUGUGAAGGAAAUGUAUAAUAACUAGUUUAAGAUGUUUAUUCCUUACUGCGCUUUGAUGUGCAUGUUAAAAUGAUCUUUUACUUCCCUCCGACAUCACUUAGAGACAUUUCUACUCCAGCAAAAAGGGUUAAAGUCCAGCUCCUGCUAUAUUGUUCACCUGAUUAGUUGAUAAGCGACUGCUCAGUUCCUGUGAAUGUACAGAUCAGCAUACUGGAGAAGUGAUCAGCAAUGGUUCGACGUGUGGCAGUGGUUGGAGCAGGCAGUUCUGGUCUGGCUUGUAUCAAGAUCUGCGUUGAUGAGGGCCUGGAGCCUGUCUGCUUCGAAAGCAGUAAUGACAUUGGGGGCCUGUGGAAUUUUAAGGAGUCACCUGAGCCCGAGCGAUCCAGCAUCUAUCGCUCCUUGGUGGUCAACACCUCGAAAGAGAUGAUGUGUUUCAGCGAUUUUCCCAUGCCUGCUGACUAUCCAAACUACAUGCACAACUCCCAGCUGCUGCAGUACUUCAGGCUCUAUGCUGACCACUUUGAACUCCUCAGAUACGUUCAUUUCCAGACCACAGUGAGGAGUGUUACACAAAGUUCGGAUUUCUCUCUGUCGGGUCAGUGGGACAUAGUGACCUUUAACAGAAAUGAAGAGGAGGAGAGACACGUCUUCGAUGCAGUUCUCGUGUGUUCGGGCCACUACACCCAUCCAUCCUUACCCCUGUCAGACUUUCCAGGAUAUGAGACAUUUUCUGGCAGGUGUUUUCACAGCUGGGAUUAUAGAGAUGCAGAGGCCUGCAGAGGAAAGAGGGUGGUGGUGGUUGGCAUUGGCAAUUCUGGAGGAGAUAUUGCAGUGGAGAUCAGUAGAUCUGCAGAGAAGACAUUUCUCAGCACACGCCAGGGGGCCUGGGUGAUUGGCAGGAUGUCCAGUAAUGGUCUUCCCCUAGACAUGACCGCUAUCACCAGACUCAACAACAUGCUCACACUAAUUCUUCCCAAUAAUCUGGUCAACUGGGCAGCAGAGAGAACACUGAAUCACAAAUAUGACCACAGACUGUACGGCCUGAAGCCCACACACAGACUUUUGGACAAAAAGCCUUUGAUCAAUGAUGACCUUCCUGGUCGAAUCCUUCAGGGGGCGCUAGUAAUGAAACACAAUCUGAAAGGAUUCAAGGACUCAGGAGUUGUAUUUGAAGAUGGCACUGUGGAGGAGAACAUUGACAAUGUGGUCUUCUGUACAGGAUAUAAUGGAAACUUUCCAUUCCUGCCUCCAGCUUUAUCUGAGGGGCCUCACGGAGAGCUGACAUUGUACAAGACACUGUUUCCUCCUUCUCUGUUGCAACCCACACUGGCCGUUAUGGGUCUUUUCCAGACAAAAGGACCAAUAAUGCCCAUUGUGGAAAUGCAGGCUCGGUGGGCUGUCAAGGUCUUUACCGGCUCGAGCCGUCUUCCAGCUAAGGAGAAAAUGCUGGAAGUCAUUGAGUCUGAGAGGAAGAGAAACAUGAAAAGCUAUCCCUGCCCACGAAAGGCGGCACUCCAGGUAGAUUACAUCCCUUACCUGGAUUUCAUGGCAGAGGAGGUGAGGGUUCGACCAAACUUCCUGAGACUACUCCUGAGAGAUCCUGUGCUCUGGGUAAGUGUCUUCUUCGGUCCCUGCACUCCGUACCAGUAUCGUCUCUCGGGGCCCGGACAGUGGGCCGGAGCCCGUCAGGCCAUCCUCACUCAGUGGGAGCGGGUGGCUCAGCCUUUCAGAACCAGAGCGGUACCGAAGAGCACGCCAUCUGUCCGGUUUUCUCCCUGGCUGCUCUUGUUUGGAGGAACUGUAACAAUGGCUGUCUUGUCUAAAAAUGAGAUUAUUCCAGUGCUGCAGGGUGCUGCUGAGAUUCUGGACAGGUGCAAGAUGUUCCUGAGGGACUGCUGGUUCACUGGUUAACCACAAUAACAUGAUGAAAUCUGGGUCCAGUUUGUAACAUAUGUAAUAGCAAUUUAAAUGUCUACUGUUUUAAUUAUAUAAGUUUCCUAUGUUAAACAAGCCAACUGCCAUUUGAUGCUAACAUAGGAGUGCCGGUCAGAUCA